CAGCACGGUCAGUGAAGUGUCGCAGCACUUCCUUUGGCCAUAUUUAGGCGAGCAUCGGUGGAGCGUGAGCUCAGGAAAGCAUUUCGAAGGACCAAAAUGAGCUUUUGUCUGGCGUCUAUCACAAGAAAAACAUUCAAACGUCGCGUCCACUGAAGUUGAUUGCGCCACGUCCGGAGAGGAAAAACCGCGUCCUGCCGCAGAGAUCAGAGCUCAGAUUCAAAGGAACUCUGACACACGCAGCAGCAAAAACAUUUCACACUGGAAAACUGUCAGGAGACACAGUGAAAGGUCAUGACGACGCUGCUGGACCUGAAGAGUAGCGUGCUGAGGCAGGUGCAGAGGAGCCAAUCGCUGAGGAGCCGACGGGAGCCACCGCCCGCCGCCGGCAGCCCCCUCACACACUGUCCUGACCCCUUACCUCGCAGGAUUUCCGAAGACAGCGUCGAGUUCUUUGAGCGUGUGAAUGCCAUCCUUCAGAAGCAGGAGAACAUGCUGCGGGCUGCCCAGGCUGAGUGCCAGAGAGGGGCCUGCACAGUGCCACCGCCCCAAGAGCAUGUGGACCAGCCCCUUAUCCCCGACAGAAUCAGCAGGGCAGAGCUGGACCUGCUUUAUGAGGAGGCUGUGUACACGGUGGUCAACCGGGUGGGAGUGCCUUCAUCAGAACAUGUGAAAAGUGACGAAGAGCUGUUUGCUUACCUGCUAAAGGUGUUUGAUAUGGGCGAGGAGGAGCAUGACAUCAUCCUCCAAAAAGUUCAAGAAUCCAAGCGACCCAAUUUUUCCUUGAGAGUUUCUGUUAUGAAAGCAAAGAAUCUGAUGGCUAAGGAUGCAAACGGGUACAGUGACCCCUACUGCAUGCUGGGAAUCCUGGUGGGCCAGAGCCCCCGGGAGAUGGAGGAGAAGAAGGAGAGAAAGUUCAGCUUCAGGAAGAGAAAAGAGAAGCUGGAGAAACGCUCCAGCACCAAGGAGGUGUUACCUGCCAGGUGUAUCCAGGUGACGGAGGUCAAACCGGAGACUCUGAACCCAGUGUGGGACGAGCACUUUGUGUUUGAAAUAGAUGAUGUCUACAAUGAUCUCUUACAUCUUGACAUAUGGGAUCAUGACGAUGACGUGUCUGUUGCUGAGGCCUGCAAAAAGCUCAAUGAAGUCAGUGGACUUCGUGGAAUGGGAAGGUAUUUUAAGCAGAUAGCAAAGUCAGUGCGUGCCAACGGAUCUGCAUCGUCAGGCUCUGAGGAGAACGCCGACGACUUCCUCGGCUGCAUCAACAUCCCUCUGAAUGAGAUCCCAGUUGUCGGCUAUGACACCUGGUUCAAGCUGGAGCCUCGAUCAAGUACGUCUAAAGUUCAGGGAGAAUGUCACCUGAUACUGAAGCUCUUCACCAGCCAGAGAGACACAGUUUUGUCAAAGAAAGACUCAAAUGUCACGAUUCACAAGAAACUGCUCAGUCAGAUUGUGGAAUAUGAGCACACUCAAGUUAAGAGAGAGCCCUACAACUGGAGCGGGCAGGUUUGCCCUUCAGCUUGGACUAUACUGACUCACCAUGCUGUGCAAACUGAUCUCUCACCUCUCCAACAGGCCAUUAUUCGCUGGCAGUGCUACAGCAGCCACCAUCGAACCCAGAGGGUGUGCUACUCCCUGCUGCUGCGCCUCCUGAGGACCAUCGAUGCAGAGUGGGACCCUGUCGCUGUGAGGGGCGACCUGGAGAGGCAGCUGUCAGACAGCUUCAGGCUGUACACAGAGCACUGCCUGUGUCUGAUGAAGAACAUGCGUCAGGUUUUCCCCUGUACCAGCGCCGCUGCCAUUACACGCUACGAACUCAUGCUGAGGGGGAUUGGCUACAUGCAAAACAUGCGGGCGUUUAAGACUGUAUGUCCUCUUCGAAAUGAACUGCAUUUGGACAUCACUACUGCUGUCAAGAAAGGAAGUGCGGAGUGGUACGAGAGCUUAAUCGCACGAUAUAAACCGGAGGACGGGACUCUGGAGGAGCAGCUGAAGAAGCUUGUUCAAGUGGUUGAUUGUGUAUGUGCAGACGUGCAGAGAGCCCAGAACAUCUACAACAAGCUGUUCUACAGCACAGUGAAAGUAGAUUUCCUCAGCAUAUCAUACAGGCAGCUGGAGAAACAGGUAGCUGACGACAUAAAUGUAGCGAUGGAGCGGGUAUGUGGGACACUGGAGCAGGAGAGCUCCAGACUGACCCAGACAAUGGGAGAGACCAUCUUUGAGCUCUUCAUGUCCUUGAAAAUCCUCAAAGGCUUCCGGGAGUUUCUUCCUCUCAAGGAUGCUAAAAUGUUGGCCUUGACAGGCUUUCAUAACUGGUUCAAGUCCUCGAUUCAUAAGUGGCUGCAGAUUGUUCAUGAUAGAUCAUGUGACAGAAUUCGUAACGCCGUGGAAACAGAUAAGCUCGAGCCUGUGCAGCAGGCCAAACACAGCUCCUCAGCCGUGGAAGUGACAACAUGCUUCAGCCAGGUACGCGAGAUCUGGCUCCAGCUGGCCUGGCCAGACUCUGCGGGGGCCUUCAUAUUUAUCACCCGUUUGACAGACAAUUUUUGCAGUGAGGCUGUGUGCUACUCGGAGAUGAUAACACGCAAGAUUGAGAGGAACCAGCUGGGCCGAGACCACAAGAGCUUCACAGUGCAGCUCUGCAUUGCCCUGAACAACACAGAGCACGUGCGGAUUUUCCUGGGUCACCUGCCUCGUGAACUGGACUGGCAAGGUGUGGAACGGGCCAUGGAGGAGUCCUGUGGGGUGGAGGGCAAGGAGCAGGUUUACAAGGCCCUCAAUGGGCAGUUGUUUAACAUGGACCUGGACCUGCAGAGAGAAGCCAAACGUCUCAUCACGUUGCUCACCGACAAGAUGCUUCCCGAGCUGCGGCGGUACAUCCAGCACAUCAGCCUGUCUCCGGACUCCAUCAACAAUGAUGACGCUGUGUCCCCUCUUAUGAAGUACUUACAAGACACUAUGGUUAUCCUCACUGAAAAACUUGUGAAGGAGAAUCUGAUCAGAGUUCUCCAAAGCAUGUGGGAGUUGCUCCUGCGGAUGAUCCUGGAUGCGGUCGCAGAAAAUAGAGGCGUGCAGGUGGAGUUCUACAACCGUUUCCAGUAUACAGUUGAGACCCUGUUGCAGUUCUUCCAUGCUAAGGGAGAAGGUCUUUCCCUAGAAGACAUGAAGAGUGGAGAAUACAAGGUCCUGGAUGAGGAGCUCAGGCUGAAUAAAUGUUCCUCCUUUGAGCUGAUUGAACAGUACUAUCUGGAGAAGAUUUCCCACCAGAAAACACUCAAACAUACCCGUUACGGUCGCAUCAGUGUGAAGUGCUACUAUGAUGCGCCAGAGCAGAGACUGACGGUGGAGAUUCUGCAUGCUGCAGAUAUCAUUGCACUGGAUGCCAACGGUCUGAGUGACCCAUUUGUCAUAGUAGAGCUUUGUCCUCACCACCUCUUCCCGAUGGCCAAGAGUCAACGCACUCAAGUAAAACUUAAGACACUUCACCCUGUAUUUGACGAACUCUUUUAUUUCCAUGUUAGUCCUGAACAGUACAGACAUAGGUUUGCCUGUUUGACCUUCACUGUUAUGGACUAUGACUGGCUUUCAACCAACGACUUUGCCGGGGAAGCUGUGGCUCCUCUCAGCGACUUCUGCUGGCCAGGCAGACCGAACGCCUCGCCAGCCGGCAAGAGCGUCCAGCCCGUCAUUCUCCACCUCUCACGUAGUAAACCUAGCGGUACGUAUAGCUUGAGGCUCUAUCCAGUUUUUCAUUUUACACACAUAGUAUUGGCUUCCCAGGAGGCCAGAGGGUGUAUGUCCAGGAUUCCAAUUACGUCUCCAAUACAGCAUGAAAAGCCACUCAAUCUCGAGAUAUUUGUGUCAGGUGUAGGAAUUACUCUCAUCUGUUUGCUCUUCCCUCCAGAGAAGCCAAUCAUGAGGAUGCUGGACGCUCGCAUCGGAGACAGGGAGGCUCAGGAGUUUGUCCGCAGGCUGAAAGAGAUCGAGAAGUCAAUGGAGGAGGAGUAAAAGCUGUAAGCGCUGCCUGUUUUGGUGUUUUCUGACCCUGUCUUGCGACAUGUGCUUUUGUACUGGUACAAUGUUUACAAUAUUUGAAUUUUUUCCAAUGUUAUUGUUUAUUCAGUAACUAUACCAAAAUCAAAAGAGAAAAAAGAAACAGUGAAGCUUAUUGCUGUUUUCUAACUGGGUGAUGAACAUCCUGUCACUGUGCAACCCUAUGCUGUCUCAGUUAAACCAUAUUUUAGAAUUUAAUGGAUAGUUGAUCCUAAAUGUUACUAGUCUAUAUUUUUUGUAAUGAGGUAAUUGUUAUCUUUGUUGUAUGAUCUUUGAUAUGAUAGAUUUAACAUUUUAGAACUAUUUUGUGGAAGUAGCUUACAUAUCCAAUAGUAUUCAAUCAAAGUCUUAUUCUAUACCUCAGACAUGCUCAUUAGUUGCAGGGGAGUAUCACAGAGAACUUUCUCUGUGGAUGUUGUGGAGAUAAAUUGCAUGAAAGCCUAUUUAGGAUGUGAAAGCUUGAACCCACCUUGACCUUUCCUGAUCAUACAGUGGCGUACUAACAAACAGUUAUGAAUACAAAUGUCAUGAAGGAAAUCCUGGAGACACAGCUCAGGGGAAUUGCCCUUUCUCAGACUUGGUGUUUUAAGGCCAGUCAGACAGAUCAGCAGCAGGGACAGGGCAGCAGCCUAACACUCCCCUGAGGCGCUCGCCACUGCUCAGGUUCAUUGGACUUUUCAGAUUGCUCUUCACAAUGCCCAUUAUGGGUUAUUGAAGAGGCCAGAAACCUCACAGACCAAUUAUUUUAACUCAGUUCCUUGUUGCUUUCUGGCACCACAGAAUCAACAUCUCUGCAGACAGUUUUGUACCCUAAUUUCAAGUUGUUCAAAUUCAGCACAAUGAUAGAAACAAAUUCAUCAUAUGUCAUACGUAAAAGAGGAAAUUGUGUUAAACGGUGAACAU